AUCCUUGCUAAAAGCUGCAGUAUUGCAACCUGGUCUUCAUCCUGAGAGCUCUGGAGCCAUGAUCUCACAGUCAUUUGAUUGCACAUUCUUUGUGAUAGCGUGCAUCUUUUUGAAAUGCUGCUUUGCUUUUGACAAGGGUAUUGAACAAACUAAAAAUGAUGCUACAGAAAUAUUCUACAAUCGCAAGGUACAACAUGAUAAUCCAAGCAAUUUAACAUUAAAUCAGGCAAGGAAUGGAGGACGACAACCUAACCCAUCAGAUUUGAGUCGUAAUGAUCGAUCUCAAGUUGGCUGUCGUGAGCUGAGAUCAACCAAAUACAUUUCUGAUGGCUUGUGUACAAGCAUUAAUCCAGUGAAGGAGUUAGUGUGUGCUGGGGGGUGCUUACCUGUGCCUGUACUCCCCAACUGGAUUGGAGGUUAUGGCCGGAAAUACUGGAGCAGAAGGAAUGCACAAGAGUGGCGCUGUGUGACAGACAAGACUCGUACUGAGAGGAUUCAGCUUCAGUGCCAGAAUGGUGGGACACGAACCUACAAAAUCACUGUAGUUAUUUCAUGCAAGUGCAAGAGAUACACACGACGGCACAACGAAUCAAGCAAUACCAACGUUGAGGAGACACUGCCAACAAACAAGAGAAGACUCAGAGGCAAAAAAAGAUCCCGUAAGAUUCACCAAGAGGAGACCAAGCAUAAAGCAAAUUGGCAUGAAUUGGAAGAUAAACAGUGAUUUUCUUUGUCGCCAUGUGAACUGUACUGUGCAAAAGUGGGCUUCCUUUGUUGGUGUUCUCCAUUUAUUGAAACAAGAUUAUUCCAUGUGUGUUAGGUAUCAUUAAUUAACGAAGGAGUAAAGUUAUGGUCCAUCAGAUCCAUAUAACCAAUCAGAACUCCUGGAUUAAAAUAUAUAUGCUCAGGACCCUGGCUACAUUAAUGUUUUCAAUAGCAUUCCUUACUGUGCACCUUUUGCUUAAUAAUGGCUUCAAAAAAGACAGUGAUACCACUUUUGAAUGCGUAAUAGAACAAAAGUACAAUAAAUGGCUGUAGAACAAUUAAGUUAUUCAACAAUGAUUAAAAUUAAUUAUGAUUACAGUUACCAUUGGUUAAAUAAAUCAAGCUAAGAAUUAUUUUGUUUCCAAUAAUUCUGUUGAAUUGCAAUUUCAUCGGAUUAAUUGGUGACAGUUUAUGUAUAUAGAUAUUUUUGGAAGAAGAUUUAAUCUGCAUGAGAUACCACAUAAGAAAAUAAAUACGUUGGUCUCAAGCAUUUUGUGCAUUUCUAGAUGUACAUUACUGCUUUAUCUUUAAUGUAAUACAUGAGACAGUGUGAAGCAAAUAUACCUGAUCAAUGAUAAUACUUAAACUUAUUCAACCCACACCCUCUUAAUAGAAAGUUGUACUCAUUUCUGUUCUCCCUGUUGAAAUAAAGCUUGUUAGUGUCAAAACUAUCAAAUCCUCACCUUUUAAUGAAACAAUGUCCAAAUGUUCAUUUAAUGGAUAGGAACUAUAUAACAUGACAUUUAUUAAAUCUGAUGACAAGGUCUUUAUUUCAGCCUUUGAAAGAACAUUUGUUGUCUAUUUAUUU